UCUUAUCCAGAAAGAAGAAAACACGUUAAACUUGACGUGGACUUAACUAGCUGGCCCACUUUAUUAAACAAUAAUGUGCUAGAAUUUCUAACUAUUGCAUUAUUAUAAGACAAGUGAUUUAUUUCAUUAAUCAGAUACAUGUUAUUUCUUGUAUUAAGAUGGCCUUAAAUAUCAAAAUGUACACUGUUUUGUGUUCAAUAUUGCUACCAUUACUUCUAAGUCAUAAUGCGGAUGCUGCAGCAGUAAUAUCUAUUGAUUUGGGUUCGGAAUGGAUGAAAAUAGGCAUCGUGUCACCUGGUGUACCAAUGGAGAUAGUUUUAAAUAAGGAAUCUAAACGCAAGACACCAGCUGUGGUUGCGUUCCGAGAUGGUGUGAGAACAUUUGGGGAAGACGCUGUUAAUGUGGGUGUAAGAUUCCCGAAGAACACAUAUAAAUUCUUCUUAGAUUUACUGGGGAAGUCAUUCGAUCAUCCAUUGGUGAAAGCAUACAGAGAAAGGUUCCCAUACUAUGACUUGGUGGCAUCUGACCGUGGUACCCCAAUUUUUGUACAUGAUGAGAACACUAAGUUUACACCGGAAGAACUAGUUGCUCAACUUUUAGCCAAGGCAAAGGAGUUUGCAGAAAUCAGCCAUGGCCAACCUAUAAGUGAAUGUGUAAUCACCGUGCCUGGUUACUUCAACCAAGCUGAAAGGAGAGCUCUAAAAGAUGCAGCUGCUUUAGCAGGACUUAAUGUACUGCAACUUAUUAAUGAUUAUACUGCUAUUGGUAUUAACUAUGGCAUAUUUAGACGGAAGGAAAUCAAUGAGACAGCUUGGUACACCCUAUUCUAUGAUAUGGGAGCUGUUUCAACCAAAGCAGCUUUGGUCGAGUACAAAACUGUCAAGAUAAAGGAGAAGGGUUAUGUGGAGACUGUACCGCAGCUGCAAGUUAUUGGUGUUGGAUAUGACAGGACUUUAGGUGGUUUUGAAAUGACAUUGCGCCUUCGCGAGCACUUAAUCAAGGCGUGGCUGGCCAAUGGCGGAGGAGACGUGAGAGCAUCUCCCCGGGCGAUGGAAAAAUUACUCCGAGAAGCGGAGAGAUUGAAAAUUGUGCUAUCGGCCAACACAGAACAUUAUGCACAGAUUGAGAAUCUUCUAGACGAUAAAGAUUUUAAGGUUUUGGUGACCAGAGCGGAGUUUGAAGAGCUUUGUUCAGAUUUGUGGAGCAGAGUGUCGGGGGUGAUCCAGCGAGCGGUGGCGUCCGCCGCGGGCUCGGGCGAGGGCGCCAAGCUGGUGCUGGCGGGCGGCGCAGCCCGAGCGCCGGCUGUGCACGAAGCCCUCCGCAAAGUCGUGGGACAUGAACCAGCUCGGUCUAUCAAUGCUGAUGAAGCCGCUACUAUGGGAGCUGUCUAUAGAGCUGCAUCUCUAGCUACUGGGUACAAAGUCGCUCCAUUGAACGUUCGUGAUGCGGUGCUACUGCCCAUACAGGUCGUUUUCACUAGAAAUGUUGAUGGAAAUGAAAAACUGAUCAAGAGAACUUUGUUCGGUCCAAUGAAUCCUUAUCCACAAAAGAAGGUAAUUACUUUCAAUAAACACACUGAUGAUUUCUCUUUCAAUGUCAACUAUGCUGAGCUGGAUCAUGUACCCUCUACUGAAUUAAAAUACAUUGGUUCACUAAACCUUAGUCAGGUUACCUUGUCUGGGGUCAGUGAGGCUCUCGGAAUGCAUAUUGGAGAUAAUGUUGAACAUAAAGGUAUUAAAGCCCAUUUCAACAUGGACGAUUCUGGUAUUCUCAAUUUGAUAAAUGUGGAAUUUGUAGCUGAAAAAACUGUGACAGAUGAUGAUGACGAUAAAGAUAGUACUCUGUCUAAGAUAGGAAGCACCAUUAGUAAAUUAUUCGGUUCUGAUGCUGAAACUCCAGAGAAAACGGAAGAAAAAACAGAAGAUGUACCAAAAGAAGCGGAAAAGAACGAAACUAAAGCAAAUGAAACAACUUCAGAUAAACAAAACGCAACAGAAACUGAAACUAAACCUAAACCGAAAGUGGUUGUGCUUAAAGAACCGAUUAAAAAUAAAGAACAGAUCUUAAACUUGCAACCAUUGUCACAGGAACAAUUUAAGGAAUCGAAAAACAAAAUUAAAGAAUUGAAUAUCAUUGAUAAGAAACGCGUUGAAAGGGAAUCCGCUUUGAAUAAUCUAGAAGCUUUUGUUGUUGAUGCUCAGUUAAAGAUAGAUAUGGAAGAAUAUUCUGAAUGUGGAACUCAGGAACAAAUCGAGGAAAUUAAAAAGAUAUGCAGUGAAACAUCGGAAUGGUUGUACGAUGAGGGUUAUGAGGCUGAUACAGAAACUUAUGAAGCGAAAUUAGCUUUGUUAAAAGAAAAAACUAACCCCAUUUUCUAUAAACAUUGGGAACACAGAGAAAGGCCUGACGCCGUAGCUGCUAUGCGAAAUAUGCUUAAUUCUUCACAAGAAUUCCUUAAAAUGGCUAAAAAUUUAACAAAGGACACAAAUUCAGAACGCGAUGUGUUUACAGAUGUUGAAAUUGAUGUAUUGGAGAAGAAAAUCACGGAGACUCAAUCUUGGCUGACCAAGUCAAUUGAAGAUCAGAAUCAGUUAAAGAAGAAUGAAGAUAUAAAAUUGACUGUUGACAGCAUUCGAGAGAAGAUGUCUAAUUUAGACAGAGAAGUGAAAUAUCUCGUGAAUAAAAUGAAGAUAUGGCGGCCGAAGAAACCAGUAAAGAAAGAAUCGGAUAAUAAAACUGAAACGGUUAUAGAGAACGAAAAAACCGAUGGAGCGGAGAAGACGGAGAACCAAGAAGAGAAACCAGAGGUUCCUGAACAGAAAGAAGAUACCGGCGGUGACGAAACACUGCAGAUAUCAGAUGAUAAUCCAGAACAUUCCGAAUUAUAAUAGGUUUUCAAAUUUAAUUUAUUAGUCUAAUUUAUUUUUUACAUUGACAAACAAUUGGAAUUUGUUCACUUUUCGUAUAUUCAGUCUCGCACAAAAGUAUGUUAAGUUAUAGAUGUCCUUUUGUUAAUAAUGUUUGAAUAUCCUUAUUCCUCUUAAAAAUUAAGCUUAAAGUGACAUUACAAUAAAUGUUUUUUCUUAAGUGAGGUUAACUGCAGGUAUGUAUAUGAAGAGAGAACAAGUUCUAUGCAAGAUGAAAAUCUCAACUCUAUGCGCCGCCUCUUUCAUUUACUAUCGCCGUAUAUAGACAUAAUAUAGACGUUGAGUGUGAUAAACAGUGCUAUUAUUUAACUAUACUAUUUAAAGUAAAUUACCUUAUAGCUCUUUUUUAAAUAUACCAGUACAAAUUUAUAAUCUAUGGUCGUAAAUAGAACCACUCCGCGUCUAUGGUCUGUCAUAGAAUAGUUAAUUUGUCUAUGGUUUUUUAUAUUUAUUUGAUUAUCGAGCGGCGUCCAGAAUGUUCCAUAUUUUUAUGCAAUGAACCCCAAUAUAAUGAUAACGCGAGUAUGUAUUCAAUAUGUGAUAUAGGAUGAUUGUAAUUUUGCGAGUUUGGGACUGUUUUUCUGUUACCAAUAAAGUUUUUUUUUCUUAAAUUGGGUUGUUUUUAUCUAUUCGUUGAUAAAUUUAGUAAAUGUAUAUUUUGUUUGUCAGUAUUGUUAAGAAUAAUAGGUUUGUGAAUGCGAAAUGGCGGUUAUUUGUUUUAACAAAACUUAAUUUGUAUAUCUAUGUAUUUGUGCAUUUAUACUAACUUUCACUGUAACUUAUUAUUAUAAAUGUUUAGAUUAUUCUAAGAUUUUGUGGAUCUCUCUAAAUGAUGCGUACUCUGUAAAUCAAUUACGAUAUUUCAACAUAAAUUUAAUACAAAAUUUGCAUUCAUUUCUAACAUUUAUUUUCGUGAAUAUUCUUGUUUUAUAAAUAAAUGUUGCUUUAGGUGAUUUUCGGUAUCAGAAAACAGUUCACGUAGUCUUACGUAUUUGAGAUUUGUCAACUGUACCCAGUCGCAAAUGAAAAUAAAUUAUUGAAAGAACAUUA